CGGGGGCGGGGCGGGGAGGCGGGCAAGAUGGCGCCCGGCGAGUGAUUAGUCCCGGGUUCGGUCCAGCGGCCGCUGAGACACCGGGGCGGGGGGGUCCUGCCCCCAUCAGCGCCCUUCCUCUUCUCCCCCGCCCCCGGAGACCCCCUCCUUCCUCUCUUCCUGCAGGCUCGGGGGGAGGUGGAGGACUGGGAGGAGGCGGGCCCGCUUCCCGGGACACCAUGUCGGACUCGGAGGAGGAGAGCCAGGACCGGCAACUGAAAAUCGUGGUGCUGGGGGACGGCACCUCCGGGAAGACCUCCUUAGCUACAUGCUUUGCUCAAGAAACUUUUGGAAAACAGUACAAGCAAACUAUAGGAUUGGAUUUCUUUUUGAAAAGGAUAACCUUGCCAGGAAACUUGAAUGUUACCCUUCAAGUUUGGGAUAUAGGAGGGCAGACAAUAGGAGGCAAGAUGCUGGAUAAAUAUAUCUAUGGAGCACAGGGAGUCAUCCUGGUGUAUGAUAUUACGAAUUCUCAGAGCUUCGAGAAUCUGGAGGACUGGUACACGGUGGUAAAGAAGGUGAGCGAGGAGUCGGAGACGCAGCCGCUUGUUGCCUUGGUGGGCAAUAAAAUUGAUUUGGAGCAUAUGCGAACAGUGAAGCCUGAAAAACACUUACGGUUUUGCCAGGAAAAUGGUUUCAGUAGCCACUUUGUCUCAGCCAAGACAGGAGACUCAGUCUUCCUGUGUUUUCAGAAAGUUGCUGCUGAGAUCCUUGGAAUCAAAUUAAACAAAGCAGAAAUAGAACAGUCACAGAACUGAAGCAGAGUUCCUUGGCUAAUGUACUAUAGCAUCCUGUUCAUUUUCUCAUUUGUGUAUCAACAUUAUAAAUGUUGUUAUAAAUACAGCCCAUAUUUAUGUUUUUCUGUAUUUUUUUAAUCUAAUGGAUGCUGUUAUGAAGAGUCUUCUGAAAUAAGAUAUUUAAAGUCACUUUGGAAAAGCAGGGAUUUUUUUUUAAGUCUGAAUAAUUUGGGCAGCUUGUUAUCUCUAUUGUAUGUAUUUAUCCCAUGUCAUUCCAUCCUGUUUUCAUCAGCAAUUAAAAGCCAACAGUGUUUUGAUUGUUUAGCAGAGCUCUUAGAUAUGUGAAAAUAACAGCUGUUGUGCUUAAGUGUGAUUCUUUUAAAACAAUUGACAGAAAAUUGCAUUUUGAACUUGUUAAUUUCUACACAGAAUUUUAAAGCAUGGCGUCUGUCAGGCUAGAGUGCCAGAGUAGCUUCCAAAGGCAGUCUUUGGUAAUCAGUCCUUUAAAAUAUGGAGCAAUUGUAAAUGGUGCGUGGUUUCCUCUGAUUGAUGCUCCCUCUUCCCUCCUUCAGAGAAAAUUGCUUCUUCCUCUGUGUUCCUACAGCAUAUAAAGCCCGCUAGUUAAGGCAGUUAUGUCAUCUGACAGUUUGUACAUUCACUUUUACCAUUAUUCCAUAGCAUUAUUGUGAAGAGAUUCCCUCCCCCCGCAUCAUUUAUGUUAUGAUUUCCUACUAUAGGGUGCUUGCACAUAGUAGGACCUUAGUACUACUAGUACGUGUUUAUUAAAGGAAGUAGAAUUAAUACUUUCAUCAUUUUUUUUGGCAUAACAAAACCUCCUAAUUUUUUCAUUGUCUUCUGGCCAUUAUAUAUAUUAUAUGUAGUUGUGAUAUAAAAAAUGUAUCUCAGGGGCUGGAGCGAUAGCACAGCGAGUAGGGCGUUAGCCUUGCAUGCGGUCAACCCGGGUUCGAUUCCGAGCAUCCCAUAUGGUCCCCUGAGCACCACCAGGAGUAAUUCCUGAGUGCAUGAGCUGGGAGUAACCCCUGUGCAUCACCAGGUGUGACCCAAAAACAAAGAAACAAAAAAAAGAUCUCAGUUUGAAGAGGCAGACCCAUAAUUACAUUAUCAAUAAUUAAAGGGGAUCAAAAAAUACAAUGUUUCCUGGAUUGUUUUCUUUUCUUUGGGAUGCGUAUGUUUUGCUGUCUCCUAUGUUUAAGUCUAUAUGUUAAUUUUCUUUAUCUUCAACUUUAUUUCUUUUUUUGUUUAAAGUCGGUGUUUCCUUCUACUUUUAGUCAUUCAUCAUGCUUUCUGGUUUCCCUCCCCCCCUUCUUUUCUCCUUCUUCAUCUUGUUUAUGUGGUACGGAAU